AAUGAACUUACAAAUUGCGUGUGAGAAUCACUUUCUCAUUCUCGUAUAAAAAUAUAGUAACCCAUUCUCUCUUGUGCCCAGACUCAUCACUCAAAUCUUCUGUAAGAAAAGUUAGGGUUUUGUGUUUUGAGUUUCUCGUUAGCCAUGGGAGGAGGCAAUGGCCAAAAGUCUAAGAUGGCUCGCGAGAAGAACCUCGAGAAACAGAGGGCUGCGGCUAAGGGAAGCCAGUUGGAUUCAAACAAGAAAGCCAUGAACAUUCAGUGUAAAGUUUGCAUGCAAACAUUUAUGUGCACCACAUCAGAAGUGAAGUGCAAGGAGCAUGCUGAAGCCAAACACCCUAAAUCUGAUCUCUAUGCUUGUUUUCCUCAUCUUAAAAAGUGAGGGAAUGCAUCCACAUAAUAUGAAUUUGGUCUGUUCUACAUAUCCACAUAGAUCUUCAAUUUCUUUUAUAUUGAAUAUGUCUGUGUGUUUUGUGUAUUGGGGGGAGUUAGAGACGAGAGGGAAUGAUUAGUAAAGUUUUUUCCAUUGUUUAAGUGUGAAAAACUGUUAGUUUUCCCUUUUAUUUGUGGAUUUGUAACUGGUGAAUGUGUUAGUGUCCAUAUUAAGCCUAUUAUAAAAUCAUUACAAAAGCAUAGGUAAGUGUUUGACUUCUCA